GUACAAUAGUAGUUCUACAGGCAAUACAGAGCAACCUUCUAUAGCAAUCGCACGUGCGCACGGAUUAUUUAAUUUUACCAAUCCAUAAGUUUAUUAGUUACAAAAUGAAGAACUUAAUCUUCGUUGUAGGAUUAGCGCUGUGUGGAUACGUUUCAGGUCAAGAGUUCGACUGCCCGGAAAAAAGCGGCUAUUACCCGGAUCCUUACCAAUGCGACCUCUACUAUAAAUGUUCAAAAGGAAAAGCGGAAACUCGUUUGUGUCCAGACGGACUAGUGUUUUCUGACGAAAAUCCCAACAAGGAACGCUGUGACAUACCGUCCAACGUAGACUGCGGCGACAGGAAAGAAUUACAGGAGCCCAAGCCGUCUAAGGGUUGCCCGCGACAAAACGGUUAUUUCAAGCAUCCCGAUCCUCAGGCGUGUGACAAAUUUUAUUACUGUUCGGAUGGCACUCCCAAUGAACUGCCUUGCCCUCCUGGACUCUACUUUGACGAGGAGACCUCCAACUGUGACUGGAAGGAAUCUGUCGACCGCACAUGUGAUCAGAUUACGAAAGAUGUUCUCGACGAUGGAUUUUCGUGCCCUGAUGGUGAGGUGAUGGGUCCCAACGGUCGUGCUUUGCCCCACCCUACCUACCCUCAUCCAGAAGAUUGCCAGAAGUUCUACAUCUGCCGCAACGGCGUUCAACCACAAAAGGGUAGCUGUCCGUCCGGCAAGGUCUACAAUGAAGACACCUUCAUGUGUGACGACCCGGAGAAAGUACCUGGAUGUGAAAAUUACUACGAAGGCCAGCCGUUAGAGAAAAAUAAAUUACCUAAAAAAGCGUGAAGUGUGUCAUAGAUGUAGUUAAGGUUUUAGUAUGUAAUGUAAUCAAUAAAUAAUAAAUAAGUGAACA